AUGUCCUACCCGCAGGGCUACCUGUACCAAGCGCCCGGCUCGCUGGCGCUCUACUCGUGCCCCGCGUACGGCGCGUCCGCGCUGGCGGCGCCGCGCAGCGAGGAGCUGGCGCGCUCGGCGUCGGGCUCCGCGUUCAGCCCGUACCCUGGCUCGGCGGCCUUCACAGCGCAGGCGGCAACCGGCUUCGGGAGCCCGCUGCAGUACUCGGCCGACGCCGCCGCGGCCGCCGCUGCCGGCUUCCCGUCGUACAUGGGCUCGCCAUAUGACACGCACACCACUGGAAUGACUGGCGCCAUCAGCUAUCACCCAUAUGGCAGCGCGGCCUACCCAUACCAGCUCAACGACCCCGCAUACCGCAAGAACGCCACGCGGGACGCCACUGCUACACUGAAAGCCUGGCUCAACGAACACCGCAAGAACCCAUACCCCACCAAAGGAGAGAAGAUUAUGCUGGCCAUCAUCACCAAGAUGACCCUCACGCAGGUCUCCACCUGGUUCGCCAAUGCGCGCCGGCGCCUCAAGAAGGAGAACAAAAUGACCUGGGCCCCGAGGAACAAAAGCGAAGACGAGGACGAGGACGAGGGAGAUGCUUCCAGAAGCAAGGAGGAGAGUCCAGACAAAGCUCAGGACGGCACAGAAACCUCGGCGGAGGACGAAGGGAUCAGUCUACACGUCGACUCGCUCACGGACCACUCGUGCUCGGCGGAGUCAGAUGGGGAGAAAUUGCCCUGCCGCGCCGGGGAUCCCUUGUGUGAAUCGGGCUCGGAGUGUAAGGACAAGUUUGAGGACCUGGAGGAUGAGGACGACGACGAAGACGAGUGCGAGCGGGACCUGGCGCCGCCCAAGCCAGUGACCUCCUCGCCUCUCACCGGCGUGGAGGCGCCCCUGCUGAGCCCGGCUCCAGAAACCGCGCCGCGCGGUGGCAGCGGUGGCAAGACGCCCCUAGGCAGCCGGACGUCGCCUGGAGCGCCGCCGCCCGCCAGCAAGCCCAAGCUGUGGUCGCUGGCCGAGAUAGCCACGUCGGACCUCAAGCAACCAAGCUUGGGCCCGGGUUGCGGGCCUCCGGGGCUGCCCGCUGCCGCCGCGCCUGCCUCGUCUGGGGCCCCUCCGGGAGGCUCGCCCUAUUCUGCUUCACCGCUGCUGGGCCGCCACCUCUAUUACACGUCCCCUUUCUAUGGCAACUACACAAACUACGGGAACUUAAACGCAGCGCUGCAAGGCCAGGGCCUUCUGCGGUACAAUACCGCGGCCUCCUCACCAGGCGAGACACUGCACGCCGUGCCCAAGGCGACCAGCGACGCGGGCAAGGCGGGCUCCCAUUCGCUGGAGUCCCACUACAGGCCUCCGGGCGGCGGCUACGAGCCCAAGAAAGAUUCCAGUGAGGGCUGUGCAGUUGUUGGUGCAGGCGUCCAGCCCUACCUAUAGGAGGUCCAAGCUCAGCAGUGCAAGUAGGUGUCACAAUUGCUUUGGAAAAAAAAGUCAGGAGGCCAUUCUCCCUUCCCAAGCUCAUAAAUACACAGAUACAAACCCCAGAUGUGGAAAUCCGGACCACAUAUUUUGCCACUGUA